UGUUUUCUGAGUGUUCUUUCGGCUUCUGUGACCGAUUAAAGGUGGAUUUUCGCAAAUCUCACCCAACGGAUUAGUAUAUCAGGGCGUAUGUGGAUUAAGUACAUAUUAGAGAUGCUAAAAAAGCAAAAAUGAUUUGAAUACGAUGGAUAUAAGGGGUGAUUUUGGAUGGUGGAAUAAGCCAUCCCGAUUUGUGCCUUGUGAAAACUGAUCAUCUGUUCUGCACUGGCUUUCCUGCCCCACCACAGCCUGUUUUGUUAGGCUUGUCAUGUGCGUGGUCUUGUAAAGCUCACUAAGGAGCUAAGUGACUAAUCAAAUCAUUGCAAUGGGUUCAAGAGGAACUGGAGUACCUGCGGAUAAGAUAAAUCUCCGCUUAAUAUUGGUUAGUGGUAAAACAAAAGAACUGCUGUUCUCCCCGAAUGAUUCAGCAGCGGAUAUAUCACAAUUUAUUUAUGAAAAUUGGCCAGAGGAAUGGUGUGACGAACAAUUACCUCCCCAUAACAUAUUACGAUUAAUAUAUCAAGGUAGAUUUUUACAUGGGAAUGUUACGUUAGGAGCUUUACAGCUUCCGCUCGGAAAAACGACUGUCAUGCAUUUGGUGGCUAGGGAACAUUUACCUGAACCUAAUAAUCAAGGACAAUUAAAGAAAGACAAAAAUGGCGAAAGUGCUUGUAGUAAUUGCUGUAACAUACUGUGACCAAAGCUGCUCGAUCAUGGAUUCCGAUGGAAUGCUCACGUGCCUCUUUUCACCUGCACGCUGCCACUACCCGUUUCUGAAUGUAUCAACCACCAAACAACGAACAACCCACCAGUAAUUUAUAUGGAUUAAGAAUCGGCAAAUCAAUGUGAUGUCGCUCGACAAUUUUCGUUAUGGAAUUACAGUGUAGUCAUGAGGACUUGUGGCAUGGAUGCAUUGGAGAUGACCUGGUGCCAUGUCUGCCAGAUACUGGCUUGCCGAUCAAAUCGUACCCUCUUACCGGGGUACUGGCUGGGGUGCUAUGUGACUGGUACUAUAGGCGGCCAACAAUACUUGAUGAGGGGCAUACCAGGGGGACCUAUGAUAGGGCCCAUCUCUGCGUAUCGCCCAGUCAUCAAGAACCAGUCAAUUUCUUGCAUAACAGAUGCAGACAGCGGCAGGGCCGACCAAUGGAGGAAGUUUUCUACAAGUUUGGAUCACGUCGGAAAGGAACAAAAACAGUUUAAGUUGAUUGCAUCAGGUCGGAGUGUACAUCUCGUAAAAGAUAUCCCUGUAGAUUUUAUAUUGAUGCCUGCAUCUUGAUAUGCAAGCUAGAAAAUGACAAUCCCAGUGACCUUGACCUAUCUUAGAGGUAAAGUCAGGGUUGAGACCUGGUCUUGACGUCAACGUCAAAUCUGGUCUUAGUGACUAGUUAGGCCUGGAGAUACUUGAUCAGUUCCAUGCUCUAUGAAUAGGUGGCGUUGUACUUCAUAGAGUCGGGAACAUGCCGAUUGAGUAACGUAACUUAGUGGUGUAUAAACUUCUAAGAAUAAGCUAUCCUCACGUUAUUGAGGAUAAAGACUUUAUCAUGUGAUCGCAGUUGUAUCGAAAAUAUCAAAAUGAAAAUAAUGAUUAUUCCUUGUACAGUUUGUGACGUGUUUAUGAUAUCUGAAGAGCUGUCUCAAUUUGAUGUAGAUAUGUAGAUGAUGGGGUUCUGAUGGAUGCAUUCUUAUGCUGAGAAAGAUAAACAUUGAAGAAAUGUGGUACUUUAUCUGUGUUCUUCACUUUGGGCAUACUGGGCUGCCAUGAUGCCUGAAACUAUUGACGUUGUGGGCAACAGAUUUUGACUCUGUUGGUCAUGUCAGUAUUCAAUACAAAGUCCCCAAUGAUUAUGAAGAGUAGAAGAAGAAACAUGAGCCGUGAAAUAUGUUUACCUAUAAGGCUGAACAUCUAUACAUAUGUACCAAGUUCUUCAAUGCUUAUAAGGGCUGGGGAUUUUUAAAGAAAGGUCUUUAACUUUAUCAUGAGUAUCUACAUUUAAACUGUACCUUUAUUCCAAUUCAUCAAGAGUUGCAAUGAAAUGAAAUGAUAUUCUAUUAGAUACGUAUAAAAACACCUUCGUACGCACAAGCUAUAUAAAAACGUGACAACAUGUCAGCUAGCAGCUGCAUCAUUGACUUGCAGAGGCCAGUUAUUGAAAAUCCAUAAAUACAUUUCCCUGUACCUUUAGCCUAUCGACUGGAUGACUUACCAAUUAUCAGUGGUCAUUGAUCAACCUGUUUGGUCCUACUCCUUCCCCAGAUGAGCGCUGGGCUUUUGUUGGCACUGCUGAUGGGGGGAAUGGACUAUGAGUCAGGUCUGUGUGUUGGCUGAGAAAUUCAGUCACAGACCACCGGGGGGGAAAAAUUGUCCCAAAUCUUUUGUGGUUCUGGGCACUGCUGUGGGCUGUGAAUAUCGACAGUUGAUCAGAUCAGAUUGGGCUAAUUCAAUUGAAAUAUUUGGAAAAGACCAACACAAUUUCAAACGUUUUUAUGGAGGUUCCCUAUUUCAACUCUUGUUGAACUGGUAUAUUGGACAUUUUAGUGUUAGGUUUUUUAACCUGUCGGAAGUUUCAAAGGAAUUUUAACUAAAAUGUUCAUAGAAGUUAACUUUUAUUUUGGGUGUUUACUCGGUCAAAUUUUAAGCAGGUCACUGUAAUCUAGUUUAUGGCAUAGUCUGUACAAGUGUGUAUGUGUAGGUGGCCUUCUUAAACGUUGAUAAGAGAUAGAGUUAAGUGUUCUUUUCAGGCCAGGGGAAAUCAGUGUUAUUUUAUUGGUGCGUUUCAUUUUUCCCCAUCUAGGUGUUUUCUUCAAAUUGAAUGAUUUACAGUAUUGAGUCUUUACUUUGUGUUGCCUGCAAACCUUGCCUUUAACUGGACCGUGCCUCAGUCUGCCGACGAAAAGCAUAAAUUUACACGUUUCAGCAAACCAAAAGUAAGAUGGGUGCAGACUUGAGGCCGAAUAGUUUUGCUCAUCAUUGAUUGCAGGAAGCGAGGAUGAACACUUAGAAAAUAUGUGGACCUUUCAAGCAUUUGUCCGUCUUAAAUUGGGCAAGUUACGAAACCGAGAUAUUUCUCCAAUUGGAAAAUACCCUAAACUUAUUUCGUUGCGUGCCAUAAUGGUCGGCAGAAAAUACUUUCAGUUUGAGAUUUUGAUGUCAACACAUUUUGGCAAGUUGGGGAGACAGUGAUGAAAAAUGGGGCUCGGAAGGAAACAACACUUUACUGGGAAAAUUCAGUACCUUUUGUGACAAUCAUUCUGUUGGUGGCCUUACUUGCCCUGUGGCUGUGCAGAAGAAACAGCCAGUGGAAGGAUCAAUAACCAAGUCCUGGAAAUGUACAGAGUGCACAUGUUCUGUUGAGAACUUGCUAUUUUCAACAUCCAAAUUGGAUGGAGGGAUUUAAGUUUUGUUGCUAAUGGUAAAAUAAAAGUUGUCAUUUCUGCCUUGUAGGUUAAAAGUUCUCAUUUUGUCACCACACAAACAAGAGAAAGUCGUCGUUGUCAGAUUUGACCUUACAUUUUGGCACAGCUGCCUGUUUUAGUCAAUGCACGAUUCAAUGGGAGUUUGGCCCAUUUUGAUAAUCCAAAGAGUUGUACAUACUUGUUAGAUAAAUUAUAUUAGAUUACAAAAUUGCUUGAAAAAAUUCAUUGUUGAUGCAUGAUGGGAAUCCAGAUGGUAAAAUUGUUCUAAUUUGUUCAUCCUCUCGGAAACAAACUUCAUAUUUAGUCAGUUGUGCAAUGCCCUUAAGACAGUUUUCCCAUCAUAAUGUGCUUGUAUUUCAAUAAUUGAUGUAUCAGCAUGGCUUCGUACAUUGGGUAUCAUGUUCACCAAUGAACAAAGGGACUCUCUUGGGUGGCCAGCAGGCGCUUGGUUGACCUCAACUCGGUCAUUAAAUGCCUGAUCAAAAUACAAGAUGUGGAGUGCACUUACGGUCAGUUCUGCUGGUAACAAGUUGACCUCAUUUCUGAGGCUAAGUACAAGCAGUGCCAUCUGGUGCAAUGGCAUGGAACUUCUGAGUCCCAUGAGGUCAUGCAAACUAGAUAUCUUGGUCUAUUUCUCACUUCAGGAAACUCUUUCUUCAGGUCGCUUCAGAAUUAUUAACAUAAUGACCUUGUUACUGAAUUAACACCUUCAGGUAGAUUUAUAGAUAUUGGUUUCGACACAAUUUGAUAUAAUUAUAAGGAAACCCAUUCAUUUCUUGAUGUCUCAUUGUGCUAUGUUUCGUUGACAAGCUGGCCUGUCUAUUGAACUUGCAGUGCUUAAAGUUUGGUCAAAGUUUCAUAAGAUAUUUAAGAUAAACAUACUUAAAAUGGUAGACAGUCAUGUUGUGUUGGACUAAUAAUUUAGCUACCAGUGACCAAGUAAUCUUCAAUUCUGUAAACUCUGGCAAUGUGGCUAACAUGUUUUGUGAAUCACAUUAUUUUUUAGUCGGGCCGGGAGAUCUUCGAACUUGGAUGUGGGUCCUUUGGUCAGUGUUGUCUGAACAAAGAUCGUGGAUAGUCGCCAUAGAUGUCACUUGUUGCAAAAUUUUGGGUCGAUUUCCGUAAGAAGUAGAUGAUAAUUGUAAUUUUUAUGGAAUUUUCAAUUGAUUUAUUACUGUGCGUCCAUGACUGUACGUUGGAUUUGCAUUUGUUCCAAAAUGUCUAAGAUGUACUUCAGAUUUUGUAUUUUCCUUCAAUUUAACUGACGCUGCCAGAUGUUCUGUUGUUAUUGUAUCAAUCUGUGGCAUACCUGGUAUGACAGCAGUGAAUUCUCGACAGAAAUCUUAAAAUCGGUUCUUCAUUGUUAAAAUCUGGAAAUAGUUCCAAGUUAUUGGAACAAUCAGGUUGUAAACAGGCAUGUGAAUGGCAAUGGGUGAUCAAAAUGUUCGGAUGGAGCUCAACCCAGGUGUAAUCGUAACCGAAUACUGAAUUACUGUGUAGACACUAUUUAGCUGGUUUUGGUGUGUCUGCUUCACAUAGGCCUAUUACAUGUAAUAUAGGCCUUUUGUACAGGCGCCCUUCACCGGCUUAAAAGCAUCUAUACAGUAUGUAGCAGCUGUACAUUGCUGGGUAUUUUUGUACAGGUUGUUUUGGUGACUUCCAUAAGAUAGUGGACGCUGAUUUGGUUAUAAUAAUUCUGUAUCCGAGCUGUAAAAUUGAGCAGAAAUGCAUUACAGUGCACAGCAGCUUCUGGUGAUUUAAUACGGUUGCAUCGAGUCGGGUUCACUGGCACUAAACGGGGCGGGGUAGUUGUAAUACUUUAUGAUGUAUGAAUUAAGUGUAAAUAAUAUGCAUGUUUUGAACAUGGUCUGAUUCUUCUGGUGUAUAUUGUACUAUAGGUAGAAUAAAGUAGUCAUGGUAUGCUAGUGUCUUUCUACUCUUGUAGCGGGGCAAUUUUUGUAUUCCCCAUUCUAUCUACAUUAAUCCAUCAGAUAUAAUAUCACCCAAAUAUGAAAAUUAGUUGUAUUAUUUCCCCUAUCUUAUACUGCAAUUGUUGAUAAAAAUCAGGUUCGAUUAUCAUUAUUGAUACCAUCUACUCGAGGUAGGCCUACAUCGAAAGUUUAUCAUUGCCUCUUUAAAAUUCGCUUCCAAUGCAAUAACUUUUGACUUUACAGUAUAUCUGUCUGACUUUUUCAUCCGAUCCCUGAAAGUUACGUCACGUGUUCUGUCAAGUGAUAGUUAUCAUCAGAUCGUCUGUCUGUUGUUGCAGGCAGUCUCAUAUGAUAAAUGACAUAAGAAAUUAUCUAACACGAACUCAUGGUUUCUAGUAUAGAAUGACAUGGCCAAUUACAGGACACUUGUAAGGUGAAACUUGUUAUAAUAUUCUAUAAAAGUGGGUGUAAUUUCAGUAGUAUGAGAUUAUGUUCUGAAAUUUUACCAAUUCAGGAAAGAUCUGCAGUGGUUUAUUCCAAUUGGUUCAACAUCCACAAUAUAAAACUUGUAAAUCUCGUAAAGUAGAUUUAGAGGUAAGAAGUAUCUCCUAUAAUCCGGCAUCUGUUUGUUUCCCUGAAUGUAGCAUUUUGGUACAAUUUUGAAAAAAGUCAAGCUAAAUGCGAAAAAAGUUUGAUUUGAUAAAACAAGGGCCUGUUUUGUUUUGUUGUUUGACCUUAUCAAACAUGCUUGUCAUAAACUAGACCCAAAACAGCAGUGAAAUAUCAAUUGUAAUUUCACUGCUGUUUUGUGCUUACUUAGGGUAAAAAUAUGAGUUUGUUUUGUUUCUGUUAGUUGCAUCGACGUGGAUGAAUUAUAAGAGACUGUAUGUUUUAUUACAUUAUAGUUUAUAUUAUCUUUGUUGUAGAUCUUGCUCCGUCAGUAUUUCGUUUACACAAUUAUUCAUUUUCUGUUGAUUAUUUUGAAGUAUCGGGAAGAAUUCUAAGAUUUUUAAAAAGAGAUAGGCUUAAUACAUCUCCCUGUGUGAACCGUAUUUCAAAAUGAUAUGUACUUAUAUUUGCCCUUGCGUUAGAUUACUGAGCCAUAAUUUACUCUUUGAAGUCAAGGAUGAGAAUUGCAAAGAAAUAAAAAAUUGCCAUUAUCACCUGAUGCCACCAUUUCAUAUUGGGUUGUAUCAAAAAGUGCAGUGGCUUGUUCUUCCAUCAAAAGUUGAAGAUGUCUAGGAUCAGCAUUCACGACCACCUUUCCACCUUUCCAAUGUUUUGAUCAGAAAAUCACUAUCAUUGCCUUGCUUUCUGAUACGUCCUGUACCAACACAUGGAACUUUUUUCAUCGUGGACUUAAUUGUCAGUGACUUGAAGUGCAAUAUGAAAAAAUAGUCUUAGUCUUCAUCUAAUCAUCCAUCUUCAAAGGUUCGAAUUUCAUCAAAAAUUCUCCCUAGUUUUCACAUGUCCUCUGGUUUCAUAUCAUUUAUUCUAAUCUAUUUUCAUCCUGGAUUCUUAGGUGUUAAACGCUUUGUUGAAAGUCGCUGUGAAAUCUCUGCAUAAUACCGUACUAGCGUUUGUGUUGAUUUAUGUAAAUAGAGCAGGACUUGCCUACCCUGGGAUAUCUCUGGUACAGAAAUGUCUAGCAAUCAUUGUUUUCUAUUUAAAAGAGAUUGCUUUCUUAGUAUCAUUGUACUAGUCAUAACAAGUCCAAAAGAUGCCUUCGGGUAGACCGAGACCUGAGUUCGAGGGACUUAAAAACACCCAAGGUGGCAGCUGUCGUAAGCGGUCCAAUACAAUAAAACUGCCCAUGUCAGUUUCACACACAGAAGGUUCAGUAUCAUUGUAUAGGACAUCUGUAAACUUACCCUACCAAUGUUUUGUAGUAAAGUUCUCAUUGGAUUAGUUGUUUGGUUGUUGCAGUGAAAGUCCUUAGACCUCACAACUGAUGGUAAAGUCCGGACCAAGAUGCCAGAAAAUUGUUUCUGUCUGUUCAUGACAUUUGGACAUCUCAAACUUGUCAAGCUUUCAUAGGCCUGUGUCAAAUGGAUUGUACAACUUUCUGAUGUCCAAACUGCCAUGGAUUUUGGACAACUCUACUAUCUAUAGUCCAUGUACAGGAAAAUAGGUUUGAUUAAUGGUUCUACUUCAAUCAGGGAAACUCUGUAUAAGCCAAGUAUAUAUCCCCCUAUGAAUUCAUCAGUAGUGUUUCUGUAUGAAAGAUUUUUACUCCACUGUUAGGGCACAUCUUAAUAGUACACUACUCUUUCAAAGGUAUUGUUUUCAACUACCAGAACAUUAGAACAAGGAAAACUACAUUUUAGCAAUGAGAUGUAUCAAAAUUACAAUGCUAGUUCAGUGGAAAGUUUCCAUAAAUUUUGUGUCACUUUACAAUGGACACUAGAGUAAAGAAUGUUGUACAUUGCCUAUAGUAAAUGUGCAGCAAUCUUGGCUCUAGCUAGAAUGAGUCAGAAACCUUUGUUUUCAUAUUGUAGUCUUGCACUGAAUGAUAUAACAAGGAGCUUAGUUGAGCUCUCUGAGACACUUUGAUUCAUAGACACAAGUCACUUGUAAACAUAACUGUGAAUAAUAAAAAUAUUGAGAUGGUAUUUA